AUGCUUCUACUUUGUAACAAGCCAUCCUCACUCUUCUUUACCAUCAUUAGGUUUCAGCUUCUGAUUGAUCUGCAUCUGCCCAAUGCAGUCUACGAGGAUUACCAAGCCAAACUGCAUGACCUCCAGCGACAGGUUGCCAAGCUCACUGAACUGUCAGAUCAGAUGUCUAAAACUUCGAGAAGCACGAAGACUGCUGAUUGCAUCACCAGUUCGGACCAGAAAACGUGUAUAAUUACAAGCGGACUGUCUCUAGCCUGCCAAAUUCAAGCGUUGGAGCUCAAGAUUUCUGAGCUUCACCAAUACAAGCCAGAAGCACCGUCGGCAGAAUUAAACAAGGUCUGA